AUGUAGCCCUGAAAUCUUCCUAUGCUCAUGGCCAUGUCCCUUACUCUCCUCCUUGUGUCCUUCAUGUUUUCUGCAGCUCUAUAAGAGAGGCCCCUGUGCCCUCUGACCGACAGACACCAUGUUGCUCUCUCGAAGACUGUGUAUUCUUCCCUCUUCCUCUGGGCUACUGAACUUUCACUCAGUGGUGAGCGAGAGCCCUUCGAUGGUCCAUAGCCAAAGCAGAACAAGUCCCCUGCCCUAUGACCAACUGCCUGGUGAAUGGAGGAAUGGAUGGAUCGGCUUAUUCCACUUCAAUAGAAAGAACGGAUAUGACAACAUUCAUCAUCUCAUGGUGGAAAAUUACCAGAAAUUUGGACCAAUCUACAGGGAGAAACUAGGAACAUAUGACAGUGUUUAUAUUCAGCAGCCAGAAGAUGCUGCUACCUUAUUCCAGGUGGAGGGGACACAUCCAGAGCGGCUGAGGAUCCAGCCAUGGUACGAAUAUCGUGAUUAUCGCAACAAGAGAUAUGGAGUUCUGCUCAAGAGUGGAGAGGACUGGCGCUGUCAGAGGCUCAUACUAAAUCGAGAAGUCUUGUCAGUGGCGGGAAUGAAUCGCUUCUUGCCUCUUCUGGACAAUGUUGGACAAGACUUUGUUCGCAGGGUUUACUCUCAGGUAGAGAGGAGUGGUCGGGGAAAAUGGACAGCUGAUUUGACCAAUGAGCUCUUUCGAUUUGCACUGGAAUCUGUUUGCUAUGUCUUAUAUGGGCAGCGGCUUGGUCUCCUGCAGGAUUACAUAAACCCUGAAUCUCAGGAGUUUAUAGAUUCAAUAACAUUAAUGUUUGAGACAACCAGACCUAUGUUGUACCUCCCUCCCCGUAUUUUCAGACUCUUGAAUCUAUCUACAUGGAAGGACCAUGUUAAGGCAUGGGAUGCUAUCUUCAACCAUGCUGAUAUCUGUAUACAGGGAAUAUACAGUUCACUAAAGCAGAAGCCAGAUAAUAAUUACUCUGGAGUCCUUUCCAGUCUGCUCCUCCAGAAUCAGCUACCCUUGGAGGACAUUAAGGCCAGCAUUACAGAGCUGAUGGCUGGAGGUGUGGAUACGACAUCAGUAACUCUGCAGUGGGCUAUGUAUGAGCUGGCCCGUGCCCCUAGUGUGCAGGAGAAGCUAAGGUCUGAAAUUAUAGCUGCCAGACAGGCUGCUGGGAAUGAUCUUACUGUUUUGUUGAAAAUAAUUCCACUGGUCCGGGCGACUAUAAAAGAAACACUCAGGCUACAUCCCGUGGCCAUCUCAUUGCAGCGAUACACACAGCGUGAUACAGUUAUCAGAAACUUCAUGAUACCACGGGGGACACUAGUACAGGUUGGGCUAUAUGCCAUGGGUCGGAAUAAGGAUAUAUUUCCUUCCCCUGAGAAGUUCUCCCCAGAGCGCUGGUUGGGCGGUGAAUUAACACACUUUCGGAGUCUUGGUUUUGGUUUUGGACCACGACAAUGUCUUGGAAGGAGGAUAGCAGAAAUGGAGAUGCACCUUUUUUUGGUUCAUAUACUGGAGAAUUUUAAGAUCGAAACGAACCGCAUGAUUGAGGCGGAAACAACAUUUAAGCUCAUUCUUUUUCCAUCCAAACCAAUACAAUUAACUCUACGUCCUCUGGAUAACUCCAAAAUACCUGCAGCCUGCUGAUCCAUGAUACAAGAUUACUGGGCAGUCAUAACAGUUAUGAGACA